AUGAUGUUGCCGUCUCGUCCUCACCAUGCGCGCAGUCCGCUGCACCCACCCUCUUCCCUUGCCAGGUCUGGUUCCUGCCCAGCUAAGCCCAAGCCGUCAGUGCAGACGCACGAACUCCAGACUCCUGUCAUCGUCGCCGAGGGCAGCAACGUUUGGGCAGCAAAAAGGUCGGGCUCGGAGUUCCAGGCUCGUCUUGGCGUUUGGGCCAUGAAGCGGCAGUGGAGCGAGGUGACGCUGACCAAGCCAAGCUCGGUCCUUGCAAGGGAAGAGCUCCUGUCCUUCGGGAAGAGCCCUCAAAAACGCGGUUCCGGCACCUCGGCGAUUUGGCCAAUCGGGAGCAGGAACGCUACCGCUACUGCCUGUGUUCCAGGCUGGGAGCCGCUGAGUCCGCAACGCGUGCAGAGGGAGGUCCUCGUCGCUGUCGCACCGCAGCAGAGACAGGGACAGCCGCAGCACGUGGCAGCGCAUGCACAAGGCAGCGCCUCUCCCGUGAAAAGCCCGAGCCCAACUGCGCCGUUGCCACCACCACAGUCCUCGCCGCCCAGAGAGGAUGCCGUGCCGCGUGCCCGCGUGGCAAUCGUAGGUGCUGGGCCUGUUGGUCUUUGGGUGGCCGUGCUGCUGGCCCGUGCACACGCGCGUCUUUUUUUCACUGCGUCUGGCUUUCGCAUCAAACGCCUUCCUGGAGCGCCGGACAUCAACGUCUUUGAACGUCGCACCGAUGAGGGUGGCUGGGGCUCGCGCCGUAUUGUACUGGCUAUGUCGAAUGCCUCGCAGGAUGUCCUCAACAGUCGAAUCAUGUCCGAGAGGGAGCUCUGUGCGCAUCAUUGCUUCUCACCCACCUGCUCCAUCAACCUCAUCGAAUCCAUCCUCCGUGAGGAGUUCGAGAAGUAUGCCGCUUCCGGCUUCGGUACGCUUCACCUCGGGCACUCUGUGGAGGAUCCGGAGGCGCUGCUGGCAGAUCACGAUGUGGUGAUUGUCGCGACUGGCCGCAGCUGGCCGGGGGAGGAGUGGCGGCGAGGCCGUGGUUUCCAACUCACUGUCGGUGAGCAAGACGAGGCGCUCAUUCUGAAGUUCGUCCUUCAGCCCGCCACAGACCUCGCGAAGACCCUGCAAGAGGUACGAAGUGCCGUGGGCCGUUUUGAAGCUCCGGACCUUCCGAUGUACAUUCUCCGGCCCGGCACGAGUGAGGAGCAGGGCUGGCUAUGGGUGUUGGGACUGAGUCCCCACAUUCUUCGUCAUCUUCGUGGAAUCCUGUUGCAAGCAUCACAGGAGGGUGCCGCUGCGUCUGGAGCCUCGCAAGGCCUGAAGCUGGCCUCCUUCCUUCAGGUGUUGACCUGUAUGCCUCGUCGGAAGAGCAAGCUGCUCACGGCCCUACGGGCUGCUUUUACCUAUCUAGACAAGCAGCUCAGGCCUUGCGAGGUUGCUCCGCGGCUCACCCUGGCGUCCUACUGGCACGCGAACGAGGUGGUCCGGCGUGCGCAGUGUGGCAGCCGGUCAGGCUGGAUUGUUUUGGUGGGAGAUGCGGCAUGUGGAAAGCCCUUUUACUUUGGGUCCAACUUGAACGGCCAUUUUCAAGAUGCCAUGGCCCUGCUGUCUGUUCCCUGGUCACAAUUGCCAAGUCAAGGUGAGCCUGGACCGCAGGCACGCGCAGAGGAAGAGCCUUUCAAGCGGUAUGCUGCCGAAUAUCGCCGGCGCAUCGCUGAAAGCAGAGGCUUUCACACCUCUAAAACAACAUCUGCCAGUGCAAAGGAGACUGCGCAGAGUCCGGUGCACUUCGACCUGGCACCUGAAAGCCCGGUCAAGGCCCUCGCAGCUCCGCAGCAAACUCUUGCCAAAGAGGAGCAGGAGGAGAGGCAGCGGGCUGAAAAGGAGGUGAGAGACUUGAAGGCCACCAUAGCCGAGCUUGAGGAGAGGCUUCAGCAGCAAGAUGAGCAGCUGCAGCUGAACCAGACUCGGCAGCAAGAACUCUCUGAUGAUCUCGAGGAGGCUCGGCGGGCCGCGCAGGAGCACCAGCAAGCAGCGGAGGAGGCGCUGCAGGCCCGGCAGCACAUCGAGAAGGAGGUCACAUCCCCACACCCUUCGUCUUCCAGCGUGCAACGCGCUCCGUCUCCGGCGCCUGAGUGUGCGAGCCCCUCUCCUCUGCGAGGAGACGUGGGCAAGGAGCCUGUGCACACUUGGCGGCACCCUGCCGGCGAAGUUUUCCUUUCAGCUGUCCAGGCCUGUUUGCCAACCCUCGCCGCAUCGCCAGCAUCGACGGCAUCGCGAAGUCCCCCCCAAGGCAGACAUGCACGUCGUGGCAUUCUGGCUGUUCCAGAGGAGGCUCACAAGGCCAACCACUCCCAGCAAGGUGGUAUUCCGGCCGAGGAAGCCGAGGUCGGUUGCCAGCACGACGACAGGCUGCUUGCGCUAGAGAGGUGCAUGGAGGAAACUCGCCGUCAGCUGGAGGUUUGCUUGGAGACGGCUGCGAGAUCUCGCAGUCCAGUGACGAGCCCUGUCCAGGUGCCAGAAGAGCCGAGCCCUGUCCGCGUCGCUUCUCCCGAGCGCGGACAUGCUGAGGCUUCCCCAGCUGGACAUCCAAGCUUGUCCGAAUGCCCGACCGUAGAAGUGCCGGAUGCGCACCUCCAGGCGUGUCUUCUCCUUCGAUCGCGCCUGGCCAACACGCUUGACCCGCCGGAGUUGCUGCAGAAGGCGCAGGCCAUGCUGCGGCUGAAGGUGAUCCAAUGGCAUCGGCGGGUCCAUAUUUGGGGUUUCCUUGCAGUCGCCCGCGCUCAGUCUGUCUAUUGCCGUGUCGAACAACUUCGUGAUUUGGAAGGUGAGAUUUCCGGAGUUGGCGAGCCGCUGGGGUCUUCAAGGGAAAACAGCUGUGCCUGGCACAUCUAUCCAAGUUUGAGCUUACAGGCCAUCGAGUUUACCCUUCUUGGUGAUGGAGCGUUCUCAGGCUAUGACGCUCUUGUCAUAUAUGGGUCAGGGCAGGUGCAUUCCUCCACGAGAGUUGCUACCUUUCAUCGGGGCAAUCCGCUGCCUGCUGCGAUGGCGCUCACCGGCACUUCGGAAGCUCUGCUCGUUCUCAGUGCGGUUUCCAACGAGACACGAAUUCGGCUGCGGUACUCUUGCAGGCCAUACGGUACAAAACUGGGAGACACCUGGUUCUCUCCUGUAGGCUAUGCCUGCGUUCUUGCAGCCUUUAUAGUCCUUGGCUUCGCCAUAUCGCUCAUGCCUGUGUACAUGGUGUGCUACUGCAAGGCUCGGCGACAUCAGGACUUGGUCAUGCAAGAGUCGCAGCUGAUGGUCCGCUCCGAGCUCCAGGCUCGACGGUUCCGGGACAGCGAAGCGGCACAGGCAGAAGAGCAGCAGGUGGUGGCAUCGUUGCAGGCGCUGCCUUUGGAAAUGUGGAAGGACAGGGAGCUGGAGGUUGGCAAGCGCUCAAACGACGAGUGCUGCCUUUGUCUGGAGCCAUACACGGAGGAGGAUAUGCUCAGAGUUCUUCCCUGUCGACAUUUCUUUCACCAGGCCUGUAUCGACCAUUGGUUUUCUGCCAAUCGGUUCAUGCCCAGAUCCUGUCCCCUCUGCAAAGCGGACCCCACAGCGACACAGCCUCCAAGCGCUGGGGCCCCAGACAUAACUCUGACAAAGCUUCUAUCGUGA